GCGCAGGCGGGCGCUGCCGCUGCGACGUCACCGGGCGCCCCGCCCCCGACGUGGGCGGCCCCAGACCCGCGGGCGGCCGCCACGGCGGCGACCGCCGCGCUGGCGCCGGCGGCCCCAGCGGGCCCGCCAACGGCGCCGGCCGCGGCCGCGCCGCCGGCCAACCAGGGCGCGCGGGACGCCUUGCGGGGCUGGCGACAGCCGCCGCAGCAACGCGAGCAGGACAUGAGCGACAAGGGUCGUGACCCUGUGCCCUCGUGGAGUGGGGAGAACCCGAUGGCUAACCUGAGGCCGUGGCUGAGGUCGCUGGCGAUAUCGAAGCGUGACGCCAUGGUCCCAGGUCGUGAGCAUGGUGCAAGGUUGUUCAAAUCUCUUGCGAUCGGCUCCGAGAUGAAGGUCGCGGCAGGCCAGGCGCUGGCAUCGGCCUUCAUGAGCGAGCAGGGCUGGGGCGCGGUGAUCGCCCAGAGCAAGUUGGCGUACGUGGCGUACCUGGAGAUAGAUCUGGAGGUCUCGGUCAAGGAUGCGAUCCUCCAGGGUGAUCGCGAGAAGGGUCCCGUCAUGGCGCAGCACCUGGCGAGGGGGCAACCCAGGCCAGAUACGAUCCUCGCCUUCGCCCUGCCGCAGCAGAAGAAUUCCAAGCGGCUGGGCGUGUUCCCGAUGUCCGACAGCGGCGGGGGCUCCUCCAGCGACGUGGCUGACCCCGCGGGCGACGGCGCCAUCGCGUACUACGAGGGGGGAGCUGAGGAGGAGGGCCAGAUGGAGAUUGGUGACGACGGCGAGUGGCUGGUGAAUGAGAGCGGGGAGACGCCGAUCCCGUUCGAUCCCAUGGCCGAGUGCGCGGGGGAAGAGUCGAUUUACCUGGCGGCCUGGGCCAAGUCGCGUCGCGCGAAUCGAAUGGCACUGGCGGCCAGCGAGACGGGGCGAGGCCUCUUCAGCCCGAGCGAGGGCAGAGACAAGGGCAAGGGCAAGGGCGAGCGGAAAGGAGCGCGGGCGCCUUCCAAGGGCCGGGUCGGCGACGAGAUCGCGAGAGGGGGCUUCUUCGCCGCGGCGCCUGCUGCAGUGCCGCUGUUCCAGCUCGCGAUGGCGACCCCGGCCGAGCGGGCGACCUUCGGGGCCUCUGCGUUCGCGGCUCUGUCGAGCCCGUGGGCGGGCUUGCUCGCGACCGAGGGUUUUGCGCUGAUGGGCCGUCGUGCGCAGGGCGGGUGCUGCGGCCGGAUCGCGCGCAAGGGGCGCGAGGGGCAGCUGAGGGGCCUGUGGCUCAUGCCGAAGGAGACGCUGGCCCCGCCAGUCGCGUCGCGCGGCUGGGUCGGCGGCUGGGCGAAGCUGAUCGUCGCGGUGGACAUGCCGAUCGGCGUUGGCGGCGUCGGCGGGAUCGUGGCGGCGCGCGCGGUCGCGGACUCCGCGGGCCAGGAGGUGCGGUUGCUGUUCCCGGUGAGCCUGGUGAACGGUCUCAGGGGCGCGUGCGACUUCGACCGCGGCGCGCUCUUGAGCCGCGAGUUCGAGGUCGAGGCGAAGAUUUGGCCGAUGUCCACGAGCCGCUGGGGGAUCUCGGUGAAGGAGCCCCACCGGGGCAAGUGGGCGGGCUCAGACGAGCCAGAGCAGCGGACGACGAAGGCCUUGGUGGAGCAGCCUAAGACGUGGAACCUGGUUCACGGGGCCGAGCUGCUGAGCAGCGGGCGCUCGCGGUGCGACAAUUGGGCCGAGUUCGAUCGUGCGUGGGCCAAGGCCCGCGCGAAGCUCGGGCGGGCGCUCUACGCGGCUUCGGAGUCGUGCCUGGGGCCUGACGUCGAGCGUCUGCAGAGGGUCCGCAAGACGGAGGUGACGUGCUGCGACGUGAUCCAGAAUGCCAUCUUCUAUGAGUGGCCCCCUGGCGUGUCUCGACUGCUCGCCGAGCUUCG